AAUCGCAAGCCGAGUGCCCAACGUCAAUCAUCGUGGUUUCCUCCGCGUGGUCUCAACUCAACGCCGCACUCAAGUGAUGAGGAGGAGGAUUUCCUUCUUGUUCACCUGCACCGGCUGAGCCUUCGACAGCCCUUAGCUUUAUAGGAGCACUGCGGUAAAGAAGAAAGGAGGAUCGUGCUGCCAACUCUUCAGGAUGGAAAUGAACGAGGACCUAAACCCCAUGCUGAUGCUCAUCUUCCAACUCAUGGUGUGGAUCUACACCUUCAUCUCAUUCCUGCCUUCCUAUGUCGUCGGUUUGCUAACCGGUUCCAGGAGCGACUCCUAUGGAUCACUGCAGGACAGGGCCAAGCGAAUGAAGGGCAUCUCGAUUCUAGGACGACCCGAAGGACCGUACAGAGCAGUCGGCGUCUCCAAGACGCUUGCUACAACAUUCUACCCUGGAGUGGACACACUAGACAAGGUCUUUGAGUAUGCGGCGAAGAAGUUUCCUCACAGAGAGUGUCUUGGAACAAGGGAGUUGAUCAGUGAGGAGGAAGAGAUUCAAAUAAGCGGGAAGGUUUUCAAAAAGUUGGUUCUCGGAGAAUAUAUCUGGCUGUCCUAUGAGGAGACCCUUGCAGCAGUGACCAAACUGGGCAGUGGUUUGGCAUCCUUGGGUCUGCAACCGAAGAAGAGAAUCGCCAUUUUCUGUGAAACUCGUGCUGAGUGGUUCAUAUCAGCGCAAGCUUGUUUCAUGUACAACUUCCCUCUGGUGACCUUCUAUGCUACACUGGGUGGUACUGCCAUCUCUCUUGGGCUCAGAGAGACUGAAGUUACCCACAUCAUCACCAGCAGAGUUCUCCUGGAGACACAACUCAAGGAAAUCCUGAUAGAAGUUCCGAGGCUGCGGCAUAUUAUUGUUGUGGAUGACACGCCAACCUCGUGGCCUGGCUACCCUCGAGGCAUCACUAUCCACAACAUGGCUGCUGUUCAGGAGCUGGGAGCCAGACCCGAAAACGCGUCACGUGAAAGAAUGCAGCCUUCGCCUUCUGACAUUGCCGUCAUUAUGUACACCAGCGGCUCAACAGGCAAUCCAAAGGGCGUCAUGAUCUCCCACAGCAACCUCGUCGCUGGGAUCACUGGAAUGGCUGAUCGGAUUCCAAACCUUGGUGAGGACGACACGUACGUCAGUUACCUGCCAAUGGCGCACGUCCUGGGAUUGAGUGCAGACCUUCUGACUGCUGCUUACGGCUGCAGGAUUGGUUACGCUUCCCCUUUGACUUUAACUGAUCAGUCACCAAAGAUUAAGAAAGGCAGCAAAGGAGACACCACAGUCUUGAAGCCCACUCUGAUGGCAGCUGUUCCGGAGAUAAUGGACCGCAUCUAUAAGAAUGUGAUGACGAAGGUUCGGGAGAUGAACGUUUUCCAGAGAACUCUCUUCAUCCUGGCCUACAACUACAAACUGGAGCAGAUGAUGAAAGGGCACAACACGCCUCUGUGCGACAAGUUAAUCUUCCGAAAAAUACGGGGCCUUGUCGGUGGGAAAGUGCGGAUUCUGUUGUCGGGUGGAGCUCCGCUCUCUUCCACCACGCAGCGCUUCAUGAACGUGUGUUUCUGCUGCUCGGUUGGUCAGGGGUACGGUCUGACUGAGACCUGUGGUGCAGGGAGCAUCAGCCAGGCCUGGGAUUACAGCACGGGGAGAGUGGGAGGCCCGCUGAUCUGCUGUGAGAUCAAGCUCAAAGACUGGACUGAGGGUGGCUAUUGCAGCACUGACAAGCCGCAUCCCAGAGGGGAAGUCCUGAUAGGUGGCGCCAACGUCACCAUGGGGUACUUCACCCAGCAUCUGGAAAACCAAGAGGACUUCUUUGUGGAUGAAAAUGGGCAACGCUGGUUCUGCACCGGCGACAUUGCAGAGAUUCAUGAGGACGGCGGGAUCCAGAUAAUCGAUCGGAAAAAGGACUUGGUGAAGCUGCAGGCAGGAGAGUAUGUCUCUCUGGGCAAGGUGGAGGCCGCGCUGAAGAACUGUCCUCUGGUCGACAACAUCUGUGUGUACGCCAACAGUGAGGAGACCUACGUGAUCGGUUUUGUGGUCCCCAAUCAGAAGCAUUUGCUGACACUGGCGGAGCAGCAUGACGUCAGCGGGACGCUGGAGGAGCUUUGCAACAACAACACCAUGGAGGAGCUGGUGCUGAAGGUCCUCACCGAAGCUGCUCAGACAGCCCAACUCCAGAAGUUCGAGAUCCCUUGGAAGAUCCGGCUGAGUCCAGAGCCCUGGACUCCCGAGACCGGAUUGGUGACAGACGCUUUCAAGCUCAAACGCAAGCAGCUGAAGACGCGCUACAAGGAAGACAUUGAAAGAAUGUACGGCGGGAAAUGAUUUGUUCUGCUGCUCAAUCUCCAGGUAACAAAGAGACUGUGAAUUCAUACUUAUCACGAGUAAGUCACGAUAAAGGCUUUUGAGAAAAUGAAUCAAAUGUUUCGGGUGUCCUUCAGGCUUUUUACUCUCUGUCCUAAUCCUUUGUCGCUCCUCUACUGUGUCCCUGUUGCUGACCACGGGACACUGCACUGUUUUGUAAAAGGUUUAUUUGGUUACCCUCCCGCCAUCAGACCUCAGCUGGGAUGUCUCAUACCAAAAGCACAAAGUCAUUUGAGGGCAAGUCCAGCAUGUACGCGGUGAGGUCACGUCUGGAAGAAUAAUGCCAAGUGUUUUAUCAUCAUUUAGACACUCCUGUCACUCCUAUGUUUGAUGUGGCCACAUGUGGCCUUAUUUGAAGAAUCUAACUUGCACUCUGUCCUGGUGAAGUCUGUUGACAAAGAGGAGUAUUCAAGUUCCAUCUCCGCGAUUGGAUCGCGUCCGCCCUCUCUGCUAUUUAUUUGUAAAGUGUGAUGAAGAACUAACGCAGGUGAAUAAAAGAUUACAUGGAAGAAAGUUUGGAUUUUAAACGGGUCUCCACAGUCAUUCACUAUCUUGUGGUAUUUCUGUAAGGGGUGGUCUCUGGUGUGAACUGCUUCAUAUACACCUGUUCAUGUGUUUCAUUUUCACUUUUUAGGUUCACUUUUGUAAGCCCUGGCUGCUGGGAAUAUUACUACUGUAUAUGUGGAAUAAUACAGGGGCCAAAUCGAACUCACACAUAAGUUAUUGACUGUAUACUAAAACUGUCAAGUUGGAACUUAAUAAUUUACUCUGUCAAUAAAUUGCACUAUUUUUGCUUUUCCAUUUAA